UAGCUGGCUGCCUCAUUGUCAUCGUACAUCAUCAUAUAUAUCAUUAGCUGUCGGCAGCCGACACGAGAGAGUGGUCUAUCACCCAGCCCCACCAUCCAAUUUGGUGGCAGGAGACCUAACGGAGCGGCAGCAGAGAUCGUGUCUCUCGCUUCAACUAUGGAUCGCGGCGACGAUGCGGAGGAGAUAGUGCUACCGGAGCUCACCACGACGGUGCUUGCCUCCAACGGGCAGCUCCUGGCAAUCGAGACUGAAGAGCUGGUAAUGGCAAGCCUGGCGGCGAUGAGGGCGAAUUUGAAAAAGGUGCCGGCGUGGAGCCGUGCACCACCCCCCACGGACGACUUCCUGCUCAUGUUCUUGAGGAGCGAGGUUUUCAAGCCGCACAAGGCUGCGGAUAGGUACCGCAAGUUCUGGAAGGUGAAGGUCGGCUUGUGCGGAGAGGACAAGGCGGCGUUCCCCAUCAAGGUGGAGGACGCCAGGCUAGGCCUCGAGAGAGAAUUCUGCCAAAUAGUGCCCGGGAGCAAGGAUCGCGAGGGUAGACAGGUGGUGCUGGUGAACACUGGCCAGGCGGACAAGACCUUGGAUAGAAAAAUGAGGGUCCGCGCGGUGUGGUACGUGCUGCUGGCGGCGCUGGAGGACGUGGAGACACAGAGAAAAGGCUUUUGCUUCUUGGUUACCCUCAAGACGGCUAGGAUUUCCCAGGUGGACCAGAAGUUCAACAAAAUGGUUUUAGACAGCAUUCAGGGAUCGCUGCCCGUUCGAGUGGGUAGCAUGAACAUGUGCUACCCGCCGUCCUUCUUCCGGUGGAUCUGGAUGGUCAUCAGCACAUUCCUGCACGAGAGGGUAAGGGCGCGAUUUCGAUUCAUAUACGGGGAGGAUGAGGAUGUCCUUGAGGCGCUCACAGGCACCGUUGCCCCGGAAAACUUACCGCCUCCCAUAGGCCGGAAACCUCUAGAUUUCCAAGGGUGGCUGGCGGAGCGCGAGAAAGCGGAGGUGUGACCCUGCCUGACUGGGCAUCUCACUUGCUGUUGCAUACGGUUGAUUUCUGACUUGCCUCCGGGAUAUUUGGUUGACCCGCAUACCCUUUGGGGCUCUAGUGUUUCUCAUAGUAUUUUGAGUUCCCUCGGUUUUUGGUAGCGUAGUGUGGUCGCCGGAAUAGUGAUGGACCUGACUCUUACGAAGAGCCUGGCAUUGCGCGCUUCCCUUGUAUAGCACAACUAGAUUGAGAGAGAACACGGUUUGCCUUGACUUCAAGCUUCCAAGGUUGCCGUCAAAUCAGGUGGUCGUUUUCAAAGAAUGGACACCCGUGGGGGGGGGGGGGGGGGGGGNGGGGGGGGGUAGUACCCGCGCAUCAAGGCAGCGCCGCCAGUCCUUGUAUUUCCCCCCCCACUUUGAGAAAUCCCCGACCCCAUGAUGUACCUAUAGUGAUGUUUGGGGUGGGGCGGACAAAAACUGGAAGACUUCGCUAGGUGUGGGGUUUUCCAGGGAGUAUUGCGGCGUGUCCGCGGCUUGCGGCUUGGCUUGAGGCGCAAUGUGUGCAAGAGUUGCAGGAGCUGAAAUCUACCUGAAGCGUGGGUUCGGUUUGUCCUUCAACGUAUGAGGACAUGUCUGUGUGGAUCGGCAGACGCUUGGAGGAGGAGUAGGAGGGUCAGGGUGUGAGUGCGUAGAGGGGGGGAGUGAACUGCUUCAGAGGGUUGGUUUCAUCAAGGUAUUGUUGACGGCACGGGAUGCUAUUAUUUUACCACUCCCUCUCCGGGGAGAUUCCGUAGCGCGUACCCAGUUCCGCCUAUGCUUUUCUCCAAACUUGUUGUACUUGGGAGGCCUUCUCAUCCCUAAACCGUCUCCGAGGAACAACGCAGGUAUAUGGUUAGAGAUGUCGACCGCAGCAGUGCAGAUUUUUCUAUGCGCCGGUGGAAUACGCGGCAAACAGUGGAAGAAAAGCCACAUAAGAGUCGGCGUUUUGGCUGUGGGAAUCUGUCCCCCCUCUCCCCGACAACGCCAACGUUUUGUUGUUUUUUCACUCCCAGGGAUGCAGCUGGCUUGUAACCACGGAAGGCGUUCGCGUCAGUUGGACCAGUACGGACGUAAGACGGCACUGAGUGGAGACCGGAACGGUUUUUAAUGUGAAGACAACAACAACAACAACGGAUUUGGUCCCCGUCUCUGGCGUUCGUGUUUCUUUGUGUGUGCCUUGUCGGGGGGCAAUUAUCGUCCUGUUGUGAUGGUGACACUUGCCGCAACCUGCAUACCACGUUAGCCGUGCGAAAUGUAGGCACACCUGGCGUGAGCUCUAAAGUGGGACGCUGUGAGGCCGCGCUUGUCGGUGUGCCCCCGUCAAUGCGAGUGUCCUGCGGCAGCUUGGCUCGGGUAAGUACCGUUCGCACGCUCCUCUCGCCACACUCUCCUAAAUGGUGUGCACGGUUCCAUCGGUCGUUAACUUGACAAAGUGUCUGUAGCUUCCUUGGUGCUCUUUUCGAUCACGAAGUUGCCUAGCUUGGCACCUACGAUGUGACUGAAGCGUUUCGACUUGUCCAAGUGGGGUAAGAAUGCUGGAAUCGGAACAGGAGUGGUCCCAAACGCCGGCUUUGUUGUAUUAUGGUGUGUCCACUCUGUCUGGUGGCCGGCUUUCUGUAGGUGGUGGAUUACUUCGGCCAACGUUCUGGAAGCCCGAGCAAAGUGGCAAGUAGUCAGAGUUCACCCAUUGGUCCG